GACGGUGAUAAGUCCGUUCGUCCGUUCGUCACAGUUUAACCGUCGAAAAAGGAAUCCACUGUAGGUGUUUAACGUUCAUUGGUACACGGACAGGUCUUUAACACUUCACUGUGGCUGGAGUGAGCCCAUGGCAUUCCCGGACUCUCCUUCAGUCCUGGAUAGGAAAAUGAAGGAAUAAUAACGAGAGACCACAACAAGAAACCACCUCAAAAUGUAUCACCUCCCAUUCACAGCAAGUAAAAGUCGUGAGUGUAUUUCUAUGCAUGUCGGCCAAGCCGGAGCCCAGAUGGGCAAUGCCUGCUGGGAGCUGUAUUGCCUGGAACAUGGGAUCCAGCCGGAUGGACAGAUGCCUAGUGACAAGACAAUCGGUGGAGGAGAUGACUCUUUCAAUACUUUCUUCAGCGAGACAGGGGCAGGAAAGCAUGUUCCCAGAGCCAUCUUUGUUGACCUGGAACCAACUGUUAUUGAUGAGGUCCGUACAGGAACCUACCGGCAGCUGUUCCACCCUGAGCAGCUGAUUACAGGAAAAGAAGAUGCUGCCAACAAUUACGCCCGAGGACACUACACCAUUGGCAAGGAGAUCAUUGAUCUGGUUCUAGACAGGACUCGUAAACUGGCUGACCAGUGCACAGGCCUGCAGGGAUUCCUCAUCUUCCACUCCUUUGGUGGAGGCACAGGCUCAGGUUUCACCUCUCUGCUCAUGGAGAGACUCUCUGUUGAUUAUGGUAAAAAGUCCAAGCUUGAGUUUGCCGUCUACCCAGCCCCCCAGGUCUCCACAGCUGUCGUGGAGCCAUACAACUCCAUCCUUACCACCCACACCACCCUGGAGCACUCCGACUGUGCCUUCAUGGUGGACAAUGAGGCCAUCUACGACAUCUGCCGCAGGAACCUGGAUAUCGAGAGGCCCACUUACACCAACCUGAACAGGCUCAUUGGCCAGAUUGUGUCUUCAAUCACAGCCUCCCUUCGCUUUGACGGAGCUCUGAAUGUUGACCUGACAGAGUUCCAGACCAACUUGGUGCCAUACCCUCGUAUCCACUUCCCACUGGCCACCUAUGCUCCUGUCAUCUCUGCAGAGAAAGCCUACCAUGAGCAGCUGUCUGUAGCUGACAUUACCAAUGCCUGCUUCGAGCCAGCCAAUCAGAUGGUGAAGUGUGAUCCUCGUCAUGGUAAAUACAUGGCCUGCUGUCUGCUGUAUCGUGGUGAUGUGGUGCCAAAAGAUGUCAACUCUGCCAUCGCUGCCAUCAAGACCAAGCGCACCAUCCAGUUUGUGGACUGGUGUCCUACUGGCUUCAAGGUGGGCAUCAACUACCAGCCUCCAACUGUGGUUCCUGGAGGAGACCUGGCCAAGGUGCAGAGGGCUGUGUGCAUGCUGAGCAACACCACAGCCAUCGCUGAGGCCUGGGCCCGCCUUGACCACAAGUUUGAUCUCAUGUAUGCCAAGAGAGCCUUUGUCCACUGGUAUGUUGGGGAGGGAAUGGAAGAAGGAGAGUUCUCAGAGGCCAGAGAAGACAUGGCUGCCUUGGAGAAGGAUUAUGAAGAGGUUGGCACUGACAGCAUGGGAGAGGAGGACGAAGAAGGAGAGGAAUAUUGAAGAGCCAAAAAUUGCCUGGGCUUUACCAUCACGCAUUCCAAAAGUUAUCAUGAAAGUUUCACAUUCCCAUCAACAUUCUGAUAACCUGUGGUGGUGAAAUGACAGUAUUAUCAAUAAAAAAGUUC